GAUAGAAACAUAGAACCCAAUAUCUAGUAUCUACCUUGUAAACCAAGCAUUUAUUUGUGCCAAAGAAAGCCCCCUUUUAAGGAUAGAGUGAAUUGGAAGCGGUAAGAGAAAAUGGGGUUGUCAACAGCAACAGCAACUGCAAGGGCAAGCAUAGGAUCAGUUUGUGUUUGUGCCAUCGCCAAGCCUCUCCGCCGUCAGUGCCAUUUCCUCCCAACUUCUGCUUCUCCUCUCUUGUCCUGCUUUCAGAAAAAGAGCAAUUUGAAUCUUCAAAAACCAGUUCAAGAUGCUGGGGACUCAAAAAUAUCAUGUAGUUUACUGAAUGUGGAAGAUGGAAUAAAUGAUGAAGCAUGUGAAUUAGUCAGCGGCGUGGAGCUCUCACUCGAGGAGGAGGAUGAUAAUAUUCGUGCUUAUCUGUUCAAGGCAGUCAAAAAUAACAAUGGAACUGGCCUAUUGCUUCUUUCAGAUAUUUUCGGGUUUGAGGAUUCUUUCACCAGGGAUUUUGCAUAUCGGAUAGCUUGCAACGGUUACAACAUUCUAGUUCCAGACUUAUUUCGUGGAAAUCCAUGGACAAAGGAGCAGCCAAAUGUGUUUGAAGAGUGGAUUGCUAGACAAAACCCGGAGAGGAUCGCUAAAGACAUUAGCAGAUGGACAAGAUGGCUGGUUGAUGAAUUUAUGGCUGCAGGGAUUUCCAAAAAGCUUGGCAUUAUUGGCUUCUGCUUUGGAGGUGGCCAAGUGUUAAAGGUGCUGGCCGAAGACCGAGGUUCUUGUUUUGGCACUGGAAUCUCCUUUUAUGGUACAAGGAUGGAUCCCUUUUCUGCUUCUAGUAUAAAAGCUCCUGUCUUGUUUAUUUUAGGGGACAGUGACCCACUUUGCGCGGUAAGCGAAAUUGAGAAUAUUCAGAAAAAAAUUGGUAUGGAAUCCAAAGUAGUCAUAUUCCCAGGUAGAGCUCACGGAUUUGCCCACCGGCCUGGUUCUCCUGAAGAAGAUGUGGAUGCUGAACAAGCGUAUGUCAUUAUGAGAGACUGGCUAUAUGAUCAUUUGGCUGUAUAAAAUGAUAUACACACAUAUUAAUAUAACACUUACCUCUUAACAUGUUAAUACUAACGCUCCAGUUAGUGGACUACCUAAACUUUUCUGCACAAACA